AUGGGUGGGGUGGAUAAACUUGCUGGGUCUGAGUAUCCUUCUGCGGAGGCGUUUUGGGAGUAUGUGCGAGCGCAGCUUGUGGUUCUACCCCGGCAGAAGCGUUCGUUUCCAACGAAGGAUGCGCUCCGGGAGGUUCGGUUGCAAAAUCCCAAACUGAGUGGGAGUGAAGAGGUAGAUUUGCAUUCGUUGGUGAAUGGGGGCCUCGACGUUGAUCCCACGCUCGCAGCUGCAAGAGGCGCUGUGCUUUAUGCUCGAUGGCGACAGGAAGCUCCAUUUGGUUGUGUGGAGCGCGACGAGUGCGAGGAAGAGAGGCAACGGGAAAGGCAAGGCAAGUCGCCUCGCGUGAUAGAUGACGAACUUUGA